AGAGCAAUCAGAUCAUUACUCACGCUUCUCUGUUUGCAAUUCCUAGCCGUGAAACUCAUCCGCGCCAAACCAAAAAAAAGGCUGAUAAGAAAAGAUGGCAAGUUACAUGGUCCUCCAUGCAGCAAAGAAUCCCAAGUUGGCUCAGGUUGGAGCUAACUUGGCCAAGAGCAGUAUUUUGGUUCCUAAGGUCAUUUCCAGGUCCAUUGAGACUGAAGGGGGUCCAACUGCGACCGACUCUUCAAUUCCAGGAGCUACAUCGCAAUCCAGUGAGAACAUUUCAAACCCAGCUGCAUCAUCGAUACCGACAGAUAAUGUGACACAAGCUUCAAACUACUCAACUGGCCCUAGGUCUGCAACUGAAGACUUGACUGGGAGAGCAAAACAAAAGCUGCAGGAUGCUUGGAAUAAUGCUCGAGACACGGUUGUUGACAAGACUAGAGAGACCAAGGAAUCCCUCAAAGAGACUGCUUCAGAAGUUGAGGAGUCAAUGAAUACUAAAAAUGAUGUUUGAGUAAUGAUAAGUUUUUUCUUGUUCGAGGAGUCAACUGGAACCUAUGCUAUUUGAUUGGUUUACUUUUUCUGUGAUUGGAUUUUCCCUUUUCAUUCUCCACUCAGACGACAUUUGAGUUCUUAUGUUCUGUCAAAUUGAUGUAAGCUGUUCUUGAUCUUUGUAAUAGCACAUCAGUUUGAUUCUUCAAAA